GAGUGAAUCCCCCCCUCUGUCAUCUCAUCCAACAAGUCUCAGACUGACACCCAACCCAGCAUCGCUUUCAUGGAUCGGAUGGAGAAGUCUUGCCAUAAUUAGCGCAAGUUUUGUCCCUUCUCCGAGGUGUUUCACCUUGCCAAGGAAAAUCAAAGCCAUUAGGCAAAUGUGACCUGCAGUUCCCUCUAUAACUGGAGCCACAGAAACAAGCAAAAUACACAUACACAAAAUAUGGAUGGUUUAAUUGAACAGAACAGUGUACUUAUGCAUAAUAAAAUCACAGAGGCUGGAAAAAGAAAUGGCUUAAUCAACACAAGAAAUUUAAUGGCAGAAAAUAAAGAUGGAAUGGUGUCGGUUUAUCCAACUCCCCAAUACCAGAGUCACAUUGUUGGAACUAUUUCAGCACAGACUGCCAUAGACAACAUAAAAAAUGACCCAGUUCAACAAUUGUUGGAUCCUAACAUGCUGCAACAGACUGUGGAGUCCCACUAUCGUCCCAACAUCAUUCUGUAUUCUGAGAAUGUCUUACGUUCUUGGGGAGAGAAUGUCAGCGCAGAGUGCUGUGAAACCACAUUUAUUGAAGACAGAUCACCAACCAAAGACAGUCUUGACUACCCAGAUACCAAGUUCAUUGACCUUUCCUCGGAAGACAUCAAAAUCCACACCCUUUCCUACGAUGUAGAAGAGGAGGAGGAAUUUCAAGAGUUAGAGAGUGACUAUUCAAGUGACACAGAAAGUGAAGACAACUUCUUAAUGAUGCCACCAAGGGACCACCUUGGCCUGAGUGUAUUUUCCAUGCUGUGCUGCUUCUGGCCUCUGGGAAUAGCUGCCUUUUAUUUGUCACACGAGACAAACAAAGCGGUAGCCAAAGGUGAUUUUCAUCAAGCAAGUUCCAGCUCCCGACGAGCACUCUUCUUAGCGGUACUAUCCAUCACUAUAGGAACAGGAAUAUAUGUUGGAGUGGCUGUAGCUCUUAUAGCCUAUCUUUCGAAAAACAAUCAUUUAUGAACCAAUCAAAUCAUAUGACUCACAAAACAAGGCUUACAUGAUGGAAAGGCACAAGACUGGACUUGAAAAGUCAAUAUACCCAAGACACCGAGUUUGCCAGGAUUGGACUACCGUGGGAAAGAGGUUUUACAGUCUGGAUUCAAAGUUUCCCUGGAUGUACCUUCUGUUUGGAUGUAUCUUCUGUUUUCAUCAAGAGUUUCUUUGUUUCUUAUUCAUAUGUCUUGCAAUCAUGCUAAGCAAUGAAACAUCAGAAAAAUUGGCAAGACUUUGUUUUUUACUUAUGAAAAGUCCAAUGGCGACCAUUAAAGUGUAGACUCACUUCUUGGCUGUAACUGCAAGUAUGACUUCAUGAUACACAGUUCAUUCAUUUCGGUGUAAACCAGCGUUUCUGCCUUGUAAUGUUAGAAUAACAGCAAUAUAUAAAUAGCGGACGUCAUGAUUCAUUCUCAUGGGCUGAUUAAAUCAAUUAGCGCCUGGCCCCGGGCUAGUUAUGAAGCAACCUUUCAUUCAGUAUAUCAGCAUGAUGUACUCUGGCCUUUUUGACUUAAUCUCAGCUGUAUAAGCUCCUUUGACAUUGAUUGUUAAUUGGGUUGAAAUGAAAUAAUAUUGAGCAUGUUCAGAAGCAAACAGUUUUUCAGUGCUAUGUUAUAAAAUAUAUAUUUUGUAAAGAAAUAUAA